CCACAUCGUAUUCGAUAAGCGAUAAUUCUGACGUUCCGAAAGUUUGGAGAUAAUAAGAGGGAAAUAUUUAUAAAGCACAGUCGAUUAUACUUAACUCAGACAUCUGAUUUUUUGACGAGCCAACAAGUUCAAGGCAGAUGUCUCUGAAGCAGUUGGCACUUAUUUUUGUUCUCCUUAUUCUCGACGAAUGCGAGUGCCGAUUCCAGCAGUACCAUAAAAAAUUCAAGAGAAUCCCUCUGGAUGGAGAUCCCGGCGAGCCACUCAUUCUAACUCCACUACUUCGACAAAACAGAGUACAGGAAGCUAGAGAAGAUUCACGAGUUGUAAACGAAAGAUUCUUUAACGUUACGAGUUUUUCGGGUUAUUUCACGGUUGACGAAACAUACGACUCUAACUUAUUCUUCUGGUUUUUCCCUUCGGAGAAUAACUACACUUCCGACCCAGUAGUUUUGUGGCUCCAAGGAGGACCAGGAGCGUCCAGUUUGUUGGCGCUCUUCACAGAAAAUGGACCCUUCAUAGUUAGUACCGAUUAUAGUCUAACCCAACGAUCCUAUUACUGGAGUCAAUACUAUUCGGUUCUCUUUAUUGAUAGUCCCGCUGGUACCGGUUUCAGUUUUACCAACGGUGGUUAUGCCCAGAAUCAAACUAAAGUGGGAGUCGACCUCUACAAUGCGCUACUGCAGUUCUUUCAGCUAUUUCCGGAACUGAAGGGUAACGAUUUUUACGUCUCUGGUGAAUCCUACGCUGGAAAAUAUAUUCCUGCCAUCGCGUACACUAUUUUAAGAAACAACCCCGACGCCGAGCAAGAGAUCAACUUGAAAGGCUUGCUUAUUGGCAAUGGCUUGAGCGACCCCCAACACCAGUUUGAGUAUGGUGACUAUCUCUAUCAGAUAGGUUUGAUCGAUUCAAAUACUAGGGACACCAUGAAGGCUGUAGAAGACUCCAUUAUUCAAUACAUUCGUGAAGGAAACUAUCAGAAGGCGGUAGAUGCUUUCAGCGCGCUAAUUUUAGGCGACGAAAAGGGUAAGGAAACUACGAUUUUCGAAAACGCCACCGGUUUCGAGAGCCACUACAACUACCUGAAACCCAAAGAAGAGUAUGAUUAUUGGGCAGAUUUGGUCCAAAGGUCUGAUCUGCGCUUGGCAAUUCACGUUGGCAAUACGACAUUCGGAGACGACCGGGUGCGUGAAAACCUUGUCCUGGACAUAACCAAGAGCGUGGCGCCUUGGAUCUCAGAGUUGCUGGAUCAUUACAGAGUACUCACCUACAACGGGCAACUUGACAUUAUUGUCGCGUACCCUUUGACGGAGAACUAUUUGAAAUAUUUGAAUUUCAGCGGUGCUGAAGAAUACUCGAAGGCAGCGAGGGUGAUUUGGAAAGUCGACGGAGAAAUAGCAGGGUACUAUAAGAAGGGAGGGAAACUUACAGAGGCGAUAGUUAGGAAUGCGGGACACAUGGUGCCUGGGGAUCAACCGAAAUGGGCCCUGGAUUUAGUCAAGAGAUUUAUAAGUGACACUUUGUGAUGAUUAGCUUUAUUUUUGCAAUAAUAAAUAACGGUUCGUGCUCUUAAGUAUUCUGAAAACGUAUUUGCUUUAUUAUCCCGAAACCACUAGAAACCUUCUGAUCCUUGUCUUUUCUUAUAAUCCUUCUUAAGUACUACAGGCAACUGUUUAAGAAGACAUAGACCGUCGGUAAUAAAAUUAGCUGGCUAACCUGAGUUAUUUGUUUACUAACAGAUUUACGAUUUGGAGUGGCACCAACCACUACGCAUUCUCCUUCUUUGUUUAUUUUUAAAUAUGAAUUAUAUAGUUUUGUACUUUGUAAUAGAUUUCUUAAAAAAAAAACAAAAAGUUUUUAUCAGGAUGUGUAUAAAUUUUAAUUGAAUAGUGUUUUUGUUGCUUAAAAUAUCACUCUUAUUGCCAAAAUCAGCGUAAAUAAUGAUUAAAACAAAACUAUUGAUUUACUUUUUAUCAAAUGUUUCAAGACUUCUCGACAAAAACAAUAUCUGAAAUUUUCUAAAAACUAAUUAAUCCAUUAUUGGCCUACAUUAAAAGUCUUACCUUGUAUUGUUCCUUAUUUUACGUUUUUGUUGGUGUACAUAUCUAAAAAAUUGCACAAAUGCCGAAAUAACUAACAAAAUACGCCAAAAAAAUGGCGACAACAAAUACAAUAAAUUCUCUAAAGGGGUAAGUAAAGGCAGGUAGGUAUAACAUUAAGUUGUCAGGUGUCAGGGUAUCUGAAGCCCGGAACUCCAGCUCCAGCAACCCCUAUGUAAAUCCGUCCCGGCCUCCAGGAUUUAUUUACCUUGCAUGAUUAAUAUCCACUAUAAACUUAUUUCAUUUAAUUUUGGAAGUUUGUAUUUUUAAGUAAUAUAAAUCUACGGAGAGAAAAGCCUACUUUCUUUAAUGCAAAUUAAAUUUAAAAUUUGUUUCCAGAAUAGAAAAAUAAUAUUUCGAAAUGGAACAAUGCACAUUUCGCAGUGCUUCCAAAUCAAGUAGAUUUUGCCAUAGAACCCUAGACAUAAUGAAUUGACUGAACGCGUAACGCUACCCUAGUUGGAGGAGGGUAUGGACAGAUCUGAGGCAAGACUUGGAGGGGGAGCAGGUCUCCAUCGGCUCAUCACGGGGCUGUCCACAGGGUGGGGUCUUGUCCCCCUUCCUGUGGUGCCUAGUGGUACACGAGUUAUUUCAUAUUCUGAGGGAAGAACACUAACAAGAACGGGACAUUGGCAAGAUUCUCGCAAUGGUGCCGGUACAGCAAGUUAGCUGUCAAUCCUGGCAAGGUGGAGAUGGUCAUCUUCGCCAGGAAAAGAAAGCUGGAGCAUAAUCUCAACAUUUCGAUGGAUAUGGUGCCUCUUUCUGCAAGAGGAAGCGUCAAAUACUUAGGGGUAUGGUUGGACUCCAAUUUGACCUUCCAGCUCCAGAUGUGCCGGAGAGCGGUAGGAGGCACUGGUGGCGCCUAUGCUCACGCAUGGGGCAGUGGCAUGGUGGCCGGGGAACAAAAGAGCAGGAGCAAGGUUAGUUCUCGAUAAACUGCAGAGAUUGGCUUGCCUCUGCAUAACGGUCGCAUCGGGUGAGGAUGGAGACGACCAGGACGGCUGUCAGGCUAGCGAGCUGCGGGCUCUGGAGAGAGGGAACCUUCAAUCGGAGCACGUACGACAUUUUAGAGGGCUGGCCCGGGGAUCGCGGUGUCAUGGGCAUGCCGAGUGACGUCAUGAUCCUCGAGAUGACCUACUUUGACAAAUGGACCUUUCUCUUCCCAUCAAGGGAAGAGUGCAGAGAGGGCAGAGUUGACUCCUGGAAUGGACUUGUAUGGUACAUGGACGGGUCCAGAAUGGGAGAUGUGGCCGGACCCGAUGGCGGCCAGAGAGGGGCUUCGGCUCAACCAUGGAAGCAGGAGAGUAUUCUUCAGCUCUGCUAGUAGGGCUGCACUUAUGGCGCUGAAGUCAGUGCCCACGCGCUCCUUGUUGGUAAAGGAAUUCAAAGGGUUACUGAAAAAAGUGGCCGAGGCGAGGAAUGUCACGUUGGUCUGAGUCGCGGGUCAUACCGGGAUCCGGGGCAAUGGGGCAGCUGACACCUUAGCCAGGGAGGGCUCCUCGCAUAGGCAUAUGGGACCAGAGCCCCACUUAGGGAUUGCCCCGUGAGUGAGGUGGAGAGAUCUUGAAGCCUGGGUGAGAGAACGGGCCGCUGUGGGCUGGAGAGCUGCUCCGGGAAUGAGGCAGACGAGGCUUAUGCUAGAUGGGCCCGCCCUCCCUGGGACCAGGGAGCUGCUUAUACUGAGUAGAAGGGAGUGUAGAGCACUAACAGAGGCCUACAAAGGACAUUGCAGGAUUAGGAUUAAUCUUUGCUUGUUAGGUAUUGGAGACGACCCGCAGUGCAGGUGAUGCAUGGAAGGGGAGGAAACUCCGUACCAUCUGCUCACCGAGUGCCCUGCUUUGACAUGGGCAAGAUUUGGAGUCUUCGGAACGGCCCUGAUCGAUCCGGGCUCAGUGCACGGUAUUGGGCUAAAGAAGUUGCUGACCUUCUAUAGGAGGGGCGGCAUUCUGGACACCCCCUAGCGCGGUCUGGGGGCACAACGGGCCCAUGUGAUGGUCUAAGUGCUUGGACGCCCGCGGGGGGCGCCCCACUUUAAUACCAAUACUUAGCUUUUAUUGGAAGAAAAACGGAAAAAUUAGUCGCCACUUUUUAUUUUCAAAAAAAUUGGCUGAUAGAUAUUCGUCUUCCUCAAACAAUUAAUUUAAAGGCAUAUCUUAAACUUUUCAGUAUUGAGUCUUGGCCAAGUUGAUCUAAAAGAAGAGAAGGAAACGAGUAAAAAUGAAAAAAAUGUUUUUUUUUAAUUUUGGCUUUGGACAAACGAUUUUUUGCUCCUUUCCUCGUUUCUCAUAAAUUAAUUUAACUUAUAAUGGAAUUCAGGCAGUGAUGUGGUCACUCUUUGGAGAACAUUAUCAAUCGAACGCACAUAUCAAGCAGUAGAUCAAUAUAGGAUCAUUUUCGAACUGUAAAUGCAAGCUGCUAAGCUGAUGUAAACAGAAAUUCGGAGCAAUCACUUUAGAUUGGUGAUAUAACAAUGAAAUAAAGGACUUCUAUAAUGCAUGCAUCAAGAUAUGUCACAUAGAUUAUCAAUAGCGGAUGGCACUAAACCGCUGACUGAUUAUCUUGGAAGAUUGGAAUUAUAUAAACCUUGUUACUCAGCAACUACAUCUACAACCGAAGCACCUAUACU